AUGGAUAUUAAUAAAGAUAAUACAUCAAAUGAUGACAGAUUAAAAAAUGAUUACGUUGAAGAUUGUAAAACAAUAACUGUACCAACAAAUAAUUGGAAAGAUUCAAUAAAGUCAGGUUCAAUAAAUUUACAUGAUAAUAACGAUCAAAUGUCAGAUGUUUGUUCAAAUCUUCCAUCACGACUACCUUCUAUUACAUUAAAAGACAAAACAACAACUAAUUCACAAAUAUCUUUAUCGGAUAGUAAAUCUAAUAAUAAUAGUUUAUCAAAAAAUAAUAUUUCUAUCCAUAAUAAUCAUCAUGAUAUGGCAAAAAUUGAAGGUAAUCAUCAUAUAAAAUGUAAUAUCAAAGAUCUUGAAAUUAAUGAGAUGUCAUUUGAUGUUACUUCUGCCAAUUCCCAUGGUUCCACGCCAUUACUUCCUCAGGAAAAGGAGAAAGAUUUGUGUCGACAAUCAUCAAUGAGUGAGGAAUAUUUUUUGAAACGAGUUAGGAGAAAAGAUGUAAAUGAUGAAGGUUUAUUUUUAUCUUAUCAUUCAUCACUUCGGAAACCUCGUACUACUGAAGGAAUUAUGGCUUUUGAGUUUUCCUCUGAUAACCCAUCUGUAGCUGUUAACACACCAUUUAUAAUACCCUUCUAUGAUUCUGAUUCUGGACAGGAAGAAUUAAGAGAGGAUUCAUCAUGUUUAUCACAUUUUUGUACAAAUAUUCGUGGUGAUGAAAGUUCAUUGGCAUUAUUAUUGGUAUUAUAUUUUUUACAAGGAAUACCACUUGGAAUAAUAAGUUGUAUACCAUACAUGUUAUCUGAAAGAAAUGUAUCAUUUACUGAUCAAUCAUUUUUUUCAUUUUCAUCAUAUCCAUUUAGUGCAAAAUUACUUUGGGCACCAAUUGUUGAUGCAUUUUAUAUUAGAAAAAUUGGAAGAAGAAAGACAUGGCUUAUUCCAGUACAAUUUUUAAUAUCAGUAUAUCUUUUAGUGUUAUCAUUUUAUAUAUCUGAUUUAAUACCAGAUGAUAGUACAAAAAGUAUGACUGUAAGUAUUAAAAUUUUAACUUUACUUUUUUUGCCAUUAAAUUUUUUGGCAGCAACACAAGAUAUUGCUGUUGAUGGAUGGGCAUUAACAAUGUUGUCUAGAAAAAAUGUUGGUUAUGCAUCUACUUGUAAUGUUAUCGGUCAACAUGCAGGUUUAUUUUUGGGAAAUAAUGUUUUUAUGUUUUUGUCAUCAGAAAAAUACGCAAAUAGAUUUUUUAGAAAUAUUAAUGGAAAAGGUGGAUUAAUAAAUUUUGCAGAAUUUCUUCUUUUUUGGGGAGCAAUAUUUUUUAUUACAACAACAUUAGUUUUAUUUUUCAAGAAAGAAGUUGAUCAUUCUAAAGAAGAUUCAGAAGUUGAACAUAAAAAACAUGAUAUAUCACUUGAAACAAAUAGCAUUAAAAAUAACAAUUUAACAACAAUUGCUAUUAAAGAAAAUGAUGAAGAAAUUGAACUUGGAGUUGGUGAGACAUAUUUAAUGUUAUUCAAAAUUAUCCUUCUUAAACCAAUGCUUUUAUUAUUAUUUGUACUUUUUACAAAUAAAUUAUCUUUUGCUGCAACAUACAGUACAACAUUUUUAAAACUUGUUGAUGCUGGUGUUAAAAAAGAAGAUAUAUCAAUGUUAAAUGUAUUUUUAUCACCUUUAUCAUUUGUUUUACCAAUAUUUGUUGGAAAAUUUACAGUUGGGGAGAAUCCAUUAAAUUUAUUACUUUAUGCUUAUCCAUUUAGAUUAUUUAUGAAUUUUAUUUAUGGUGGUUUACUUUAUACAACACCAUGGUUUAAAGAUGAAUCAGGAGAAUUUCCAUAUUAUUUUUAUGGAAUUUGGUUAUUUGCAAUGUUUAUUCAUGAUUCAUUAUCAAUAACAAUGUUUCUUUCAAUAAUGGCAUUUUUUGCUAAAAUAUCUGAUCCUAAAAUAGGUGGUACAUAUAUGACAAUGCUUAAUACAAUAUCAAAUCUUGGUGGAAUGAUGUCAUCAACAUUUGUUAUGUUUAUAAUAGAUCUUUUUACUGUUAAAAAUUGUUAUGUACCAGAAACAAGAGUAAAUUUAGGAACAUGUAAAAAAAGUGAACUACAAAAAGCUUGUGUAGGAGCAGGAAAUUCUUGUGAAUAUGAAAUUGAUGGUUAUUAUUUGACAGUUGGACUUGGAACUAUCUAUGGAAUUAUAUGGAUAAUAGCUUUAUGGAGUCGUAUAAAAAGAUUUCAAAAAAUACCUCGUACUGAAUGGUUGGUAUUUAAAAAGAAAAAUUAA